AAAAGCUGGAAUAAAGGUAGAGAAGUCCAAAAACAGGUCUACUUCCUUAAGGCAAGGCUCAUACUCUGUAUAAAAAUACUAGCUGGCCAGAGACUCCCCACCAGACCCAAGAGGCCAGACAGCUUGAACUUUUCUCUGCACCAGGUCCAGCCUCCUUUGAACCAUGAGUUCCUACCAGCAGAAGCAGCCCUCCAACCCACCUCCCCAGCUUCAACAGCAGCAGGUGAAACAGCCCUCCCAGCCUCCACCUCAAGAAACAUUUGUUCCUAUAACCAAGGAGCCAUUCCCCACCAAGGUUCCACAACCUGGCCCCACCAAGGUUCCAGAGCCACACUACCCCCAGCAUCCUCAACCUGGCCCAACCAAGGUUCCAGAGCCACACUACCCCCAGCAUCCUCAACCAGGCCAAACCAAAGUUCCAGAGCCAUACUACCCUCAGCAUCCUCAACCAGGCAACCCUGUGUUUCCUGAGAAGGGUCACACCAAGCUUCCUGAGCAAGUCCACCCUAAAGUCCCUCAGCCUGGCCAGCAGAAGAACCCUGAGCCAGUUCCUUCAAAGGUUAUCCCUGGCCCAGCCCACCAGAAGACCAAGCAGAAGUAAUGUGGACCACGGUCGUGCCCUUGAGGAGUUGAUCGCCAGAUGCUGAAUACCUUCUUUCCUUCUGCUUCUGUGUCUUGAUUAUCUGUAGACCUUGUAAUCAGUAUGUUCUCACCACCAGUCAGACUCUUUCUCUAAUUUGCAUCCUAAAAAAAAUAUUUGCUAUGAGACUUUUCCUUGCACACUCUGAAGAGUCCUCUGAGCCUCUGGAUUAUGCAGAAGGCCUGAGUGGCUCUGCUGGUCCUAAGUUGCUCAGGGCUCAUCUGAAAAGUCAGUCUGGAUGAAGAACGAUGCCUGUUUCCUGAUCUGUGCAUAUUAAAGCAUUUUAAUCCCA